CAGACAGAAACAAGCAAUCUCGCAAUAAUACUCAAUAAUAUAGGAAUAUUCUUAUUGCAUAUCUUCUUAAGUAGUUUGUUUUUAGCUAUUUCUUUCUCUAGAUUCUACUCUAGACUUGGGUUCUCAGAACCUAUCAAUUAUAUUGUGAGCUUAAUUUCUAUUUGAUCUUUUUGUCACAGCCAUUAUUUCUCAAAAGGUGUUUGAGUUAUAAACUACAUGAAAGCUAUAAAGGGAGAAUACAAAUGAAAGUAGUACUACCGGUGUUGCUAAAUGCCAAUCCCAACAUUCAAAGGGAGCAUCCUGUUUGGGUGCUCUUAGCCAUGAAAGCUUCCAGCCAUGCUGAGUUGGCUACUCAUGAGUUGGAGGUGUUCCACUAUGGACGACCACGGAUGCUAUACACUACUGGUAUCCCAGCAAACUUCCUGCUCCCCACAAAGGAUGAACUCAAACACAUGGAUACUGCCCGUCUCUCUGUCAUCUUCAUCACCUCUGCUAAACUUGCCGGGAAUUCUGCGGAUUCAUCGCCCUUUCCGUCGAGCAUUGAAGGCAAUUGCUUGGUCGGAAAGCUGUCCGUUGAUUUGCUUCUCCGGAAAUGGAUUUCCACCAAGAGCUGGAGCUUAGGCGAGACUUCCGACUUUUAUGCAGGUGUUGAUCUUGAACCCUGCCAUUUGAAGCCGAUCCUCUAUGAAGGCGUAACUCCUGCGUUCGGGCUCGCGCGCACGCAUGGGGUCCUGGUUGAAAAGGAUACAUUGAAGCCGCUUUGUGCGUUAAUUUCUGCAAUAGAACUGGGCGUGACAGAGGGAAACCCUGAUGAGUCUUGUGCAUACACCGGAAAUCCAAGCAAUUCCUUGCCUAAUCUCUCUAGGUUAAGGAGUGGGAAUGUUAUCUUCAAUUAUAGGCAACUUGACGGCAAGUUAUUAACAAGUGAAGUAACCGAGAAUUUUUCAUGUCCUUUCUGCUUGAUGAAAUGUGCAAACUUUAAGGGACUCGAAUGCCACUUAUCUGCGUCUCACGAUCUUCUCAAAUUUGAGUGCCUGGUGACUGAAGAACACCAAUACAUAAAUGUAUAUCUGAAUUUCAAAACAUGGAGUCCUGAGAUUGUUGGUCAUGGUGUUAACAUUUGGAAACAGCCAUUCUUCUUCUGUUCAAAGUCUCUAAGGCGGAGAAGGUUACAGAAUGUGGUUCAAAAUGCAAAGCAGAUACGUACACAUGUAUUGGAUUUGAACAUGCAUAAAGAAGUCACUGAGCAUAAGUGCAAUGCAAAUGAUGGUACAGAUAAACGUGCAGAUCCUGAUUAUGUGCAGACUGAACCUGGAAGCUGUCCACCCACUGAAGGGCUUCAACACAAUAAUGCUUUUUGUGGUCAAGAUUCAUAUGAUGCUCCUGAUUUUGUGCAGCCAGAAUCUGUGUUGCAGACUCCACCUCCUGUAGAGCUUCAACACGCAAACACAGGGAAGGUGGCAUCAGUCAAUCGUGACUCAAAUAACCUUAAACUCUUGCAGGAAGGAAAAUUCUUUCACUCACGAACUGCUCAGCCAAUGACUUUGGAGGAAGUGCUUUCUGACUAUGAUAGUGAGGAUGAUACAGAUUAUGAUAUUGAAGAUAUUGAAGAUCAAAGGAUGUUUUCUGAAUUCACUGAUGUAUCCAAGGAUGCGAAGCACAUGAUGCUUCUAUGGAACUCGUUUGUUAGAAGGAAUAGGGUCCGGUUCGGGUGUCAUAUAAAAUGGGCAUGCGAGGCUUUCACAAAACUGCAUAUUAGACUUUUUAUGCAAGCUCCAAUGGUGCUUUGCUGGUGGAGACUAUUCAUGAUCAAACUAUGGAAUCACGGCCUCCUCGAUGCCAAGACCAUUAACACUUGUAACGUCAUCAUACUCCAGGACCAGGAGUUACAUAGCUCCGGCCUGAAAUCUUGAUCCUUGUAUUUCCAUCAUCUCCGAUGGAGCCAAAAUUUCACCAUUUUUUGGCUUUGGGGUGUGAUAGAAUAAAUCAAAAUGGAUCUCUAAACUGUCUGCGCUUCUUUAAUUAAUGAAGUAGCAGUUAGUCAAGCAAUGCAACUUUCGACGUUGAGCCGGGGGUCUCUUUGGAAACAGCCUCUCUACUUUCGAGUAGGGGUAAGGUCUGCGUACACACACCCUCCCCAGACCCUACUUUACUUUUGUGGGAUUUAACUGGGUUGUUG